GUCCCCUUUCUUCCUUUUACUCUCUGCAUUCCCUAUGACAAUUUUUAGGUCUCUCCCUCCCUCCCCACAAGCGGUAAAAGCGAUGGCAGCCAUGGAGGGCGGCAGCAAGCUCUCUGACACCAUCCACUUCUGCAACUACCUGUGACUGCGACAGUCAGAAUUGAAAGAGAAGAGUUGAAAUCUCGCCAGAAUCAGUGUAUUGGUUUUCCUCGUAUCAGCCAUUCCUGGUAAAAAGAAAAAGAAACUCAGUCCAGUCAAGAACGUGGAUCGUCAUAUUUCUCCAUGGGAACUAGUCACUACAAAGGAAACUCAGAUUACCUGCUCGAAGAGGAAGAUGGCUCGUUCGUGAUCAAACCCAUAGCACUUGAUAUCGUAUGGGGACGCAGCCCCAACUAUUGGCGACUACCAGAAAGUGAAAACGACACCGCUGAGCUUCUAGGAGUGAAUUGGUUUGAAGUGAGCGGUUCAAUCGAGCUCAAUAAACUAAAGCACAGGAAAUAUAAAAUCGGCUUCAUUGUAAGCUUACAGGCAAAUGGGUCCGGUUGGUCUAACAACCCCAUAUACAUGAUGACCAAGGUCGGAAGGAAUGACUUUAAAUGGAAGGGUGUUGAUUUGAGUGGUAGGGACCCAAAUACCCAAUUUGAUAUCCCAGAAGAUCACACUUUUGAACUCACAGUGGCGGAGGUAGAAUCCAACGAGAAUCUCAACUUUGGCCUCUACGAAGUAUGGAGGGGAAGUUGGAAGACUGGCCUAGUCAUCCAUAAAGUGGUCAUCUCACCCCUAUAAAAUAAUAGCCGUUGAUUAUCUCUCUCUCUUGUUUCCUCUUUUACCGCAGGACUUUGGUUUGCAUGCAUGCAUGCAUCUACCAGUUUAUGAUAAUAAUAAAGAUUGGAACAUCUCUAAUAAGAUUGUAUGACGACUAACAUUAUGCCACGGAUGGCUAAAGAAGUAUCAUCCCUUCCACGAUGAGCUGUUCCGUUGCUUUGGAGGUGGCCGAUGGCCAGUGAAUUUAAUUUCAACUUCUAGGUUCUUAAA